AUGCAUGAUACGGUGUUGUAUUAUCCUCUCUCUCACACGGUAUCAGUCUCUACCCCCACUGUUGCUGAACGCAGAAGGCCAGCGACUUUGAUUGUUUAUUUAGGAGAGAAGGGAGAUGGUUUUGAAACAGAAGCUGCACGAGGCGUUCAAAGGAACGGUGGAGAAAAUCACAGGUCCCCGCACCGUCUCCGCCUUCAAAGAGAAAGGCGUUCUCAGCGUCUCCGAGUUCGUCACCUCCGGCGAUAACCUCGUCUCCAAGUGCCCCACCUGGUCCUGGGAAUCUGGUGAACCGAGCUAGAGGAAGCCGUACUUACCACCGGAGAAGCAGUAUUUGAUUACUAGAAAUGUGCCAUGCUUACGAAGGGCUGCAUAUUUGGAAGAGGAGUAUGAAGCUGCUGGUACGGAACUUCUUCUUGAUAAUGAAGAUAAUGAUGGCUGGUUGGCAACCCAUGGGAAGCCGAAGGAUAGAAGUGGUGAGGAGGAAAACUUACCUGCCAUUGAAAGUUUAGAAAUCAGCAAGAAUAGGGAUGUGAAGUCAGUCCCCUCACAUGUUGGAGCAGAAGAUGAAGACGAUAUUCCUAACAUGGCUGACUUUGAAGAAGCUGACAACAUCGAAUUUGACCCUGGAACAUAUCUUAUUGCUCAUGAACCUGACAAUGACAAUAUUUUACGAACCCGAACAUAUGAUGUUAGCAUCACGUAUGAUAAAUACUACCAGACUCCUCGAGUGUGGCUUACUGGGUAUGAUGAGUCAAGGAUGCUUUUACAACCAGAGCUUGUACUUGAAGAUGUCAGUCAAGAUCAUGCACGCAAAACUGUAACCAUCGAGGAUCAUCCCCAUUUGCCUGGAAAGCAUGCAUCUGUACAUCCAUGCCAACAUGGGCCUGUGAUGAAAAAAAUUAUUUAUGUACUAAUGUCACGCGGAGUGGAACCAGAAGUUGAUAAGUACCUGUUCUUAUUCCUGAAAUUUGUUGCCUCUGUAAUUCCAACUAUUGAAUAUGAUUAUACGAUGGACUUUGAUCUUGGCAGCGCCAGCAAUUAACAACUUCGCAGAGGGGAUCGUAAAUGCACUCGGUCGUCGCUUGUCAUAGAUUGGAGUCUUGGAGAUGGAAGUUAAGAUGCUACCGUUUGGAGACAAUCUGCUCCGAUUGCAUUACGUUCGACUGCUUGUACAGAUGGCUAAAUUGUUUAUGGUGAAAAUUCUCUUAGGUGUUUGUUGAUAUGUGUUGCGGUGCACAAUUUCCCGUCCAUUGUUUUCUAAUUUUACCCAUGCUGCUCUUGUAUUUUAACUUUUGUCAAUUAAGAACAAAUUAGAAACUCUUGUCGCAUAGUUGCGUGGGCUUGAAGUGAUUGAUGUGAGAUGGACUCAACAAAUUAGAAACUAUUGCAUUCAAUUUUACGACGCCAAGGCGUUUGUAAAUGACUCAUUUCAAGUGGGAAUUCAUAUGGUGCAUUUUUAAUUGUUCAUAUCUAA